AUGAGGGGCAUUGAAGAUACCAGGCAGCGAUGGGACUCCCUGUUUCGCGACAAUCACACCCCCUCCGACCUCCGAGCAGCACUCAGAUCCGACCAAGGGGACAAACUAUGCAACGAGGGACUUAGAUCGAUUUGUUGGAAGGCAUUCCUGCUCUUCGACAAUCUCGACCGCACACAAUGGCCGCAGAAGAUAUCCGAAUCGCGGGGCGCCUACGAUGCCCUGAAGGCCCAUUUCUUGAAAUACAUCAAUCACCCCGAUGAUUUGGAGUCAACUGUGGACCCUUUGGCCGAUGAUGAAGAGUCCCCUUGGCAGACGCUCCGACACGAUGAACAGAUGCGGGCAGAUAUAUUGCAGGAUGUCGAUAGGUGCUUGCAGGAGAACUUCUUUUUUCGGGAGCCUUCCACGAAAGAGAAAAUGAUCGAUGUCCUCUUCAUCUAUUCCAAGCUCAACCCAGAUCUCGGGUACCGUCAAGGCAUGCAUGAGCUGUUGGCGCCUAUCUUGUGGGUGGUCGACAAAGACGCCAUUGAAACGAAAUCUUCCGAAGGAAUAAGCUCGACCGAGGGAGACGAUGACUUUCUAUUGCAACUUCUGCAUGCAGGCUUUGUAGAACAUGACUCAUUUUCUCUGUUCUGCUCGGUCAUGCAAAGCACUCGAUCAUAUUAUGAGCACAACAGGCACCGAUCUGCGAAUGGCCAGAUGGAUGUCGUGCCAAUCGUGAACCAAUGCCAGCAUCUCCACAACGAGCUCCUGAUGACUACGGAUCUAGAGUUGGCCGAUCACCUACAAGCGCUGGAGAUCUUGCCACAGAUAUUCCUAACUCGCUGGAUGCGUUUAUUGUUCGGUCGCGAGUUUCCUUUCCAGGACGUACUGGUAGUUUGGGACGUCCUCUUUGCUGAAGGGCUGCGGCCUGAACUCAUCGAUUUCGUAUGUGUUGCGAUGCUAUUACGCAUUCGCUGGCAAUUACUCGAUGCCGAUUCCUCGACUGCGUUGACCAUUCUACUCCGCUACCCCUCUCCUCACCCACAUGAACCCCAAACCUUCGUGCGCGAUGCAGUCUAUCUGGAGCAGAACCCCACUCCUGAUAGAGGCGCUUUUAUCAUCUCCAAAUAUUCGGGGAAGCCACCAGACUCUUCUAAGCGGCUCGGCCAAUCCCAUGUCCGAUCCUUCUCAGGUUUGAGAUCUCACCUUCGCGGCGACCUAUGGGAUGCAAGUGAGGGAAAUUCCCCUUCCAGAUCACCUGUAAACAAUAGUCCCAAGGGACUGGAAGCAUUGUUCCAGGAUGUUUCAGAGGGUAUUCAACGACGCACGGAGUCAUGGGGGGUCGCCAAGGCUGUUCGAGGAGCUGUGAACGAAGCCAAAAAGAAUAUGCAGACGAUCCAAGCAGAGCAUUAUCCUCGUUCAAGAUACGAUGAUGCUGCUUCUGUCCACACGUCUGGUGCGCCAUACAACCACGAUUCGGACGCCGUCGUCCGCCUGAAGACCAAAAUCGACGCUCUGGAAGCGCGGAAUCAAAUGCUCGCGAAGACCCUGAGCCAAGCGUUGAAUGAUAUACGGUCGCGUAUGAUGAAGGCCGAAGGGGUUGAUACGACUACUGCCGACACCGUGAAACAAGCUCUCACCAAGGUGCAAUCGGUCCAAACCUGUCUCGAGAAUCUGUCUAGUCCUAUGACCUCGGGGGGUCGAACCCCCAAUGCACCUACAGAUGCGGACUCACCAGCCGUGUCGCAAUCCGGGGGAGAAAAACCAGAAGACGAGACAAGAAGUAGCAACAACAAGUCUCCCGCCGUUGCUGCCGAGUUACCUACCAAAUCACCCACUUCACCCGUCGGGAACGACUUCAAGAGCCGUAGUCGCCCUCACAUUCCUUCUUCAAUGCCAUUGCGACACGCGUCACGUCCAUCGCUCGCGGAUUCCGAGUUUUCCUGGAUGCUGGGCGGUAAUCGGCACCUCUCCAGCUUUGUGAGUCCGGCAUCCGUGCCACCCGAGCAAACUCGGCACGGCGAUACGAAAGGCAAACCGAACAAUCUUUUCGGCAACGGAGACGAAGAGCAAAGAAGAACCGAUGCCGAUCUAGACGGAUUGGCACUGAGGAGUCUUCGGGGGCCGAAAGGUGGAGAAUAG